AUGUUGUCGAACUCGGUCAAAUCGUUGGUUGGAAAGACUUUGAAGCCAAUCGCUGGGUGAGUUUGGAUAACUUGGGAAAUUGGGAAAAUGAUGAUUUUUGAAAGGAGAUUGUUACAUCAGAAAAUCAGGAAGGCUUUUUAAUGAUUAGAGAAUAUUUGGAAUUCGACAAGCAACCGGAAAUCUCGAUUUGUAGACAAAAACAACAAAAAUUUCAUGAAAUGAGAUUUUCUCACCUUUUUUUGAGAAAUCUCGAUUCAAAGAACCUUACAUUGCACCAAUUUUGAAAAUGUUCUCGAAAAAUGCUCCGAAAUAAUUCGAUUUAGAAAAUUUCACUAUUUUUAAUGAUAAAUUUGAGCUCUCAUGCACAACCAUUAAUUAAUUUCUCCCAAAACAUCUCAAUAUUUUUUUUUCAGUCUCUCUCUCCGCUCCAAGCAUUCUCUUCCCGAUCUUCCAUACGAUUAUGCGGAUCUCGAACCAGUAAUCAGUCACGAAAUCAUGCAACUCCACCACCAAAAACAUCACGCAACAUAUGUCAACAAUUUGAAUCAAAUUGAGGAAAAACUUCACGAAGCAGUUUCAAAAGGCAAUGUGAAAGAAGCGAUCGCUCUUCAACCAGCAUUGAAAUUCAACGGUGGCGGACAUAUUAACCACUCGAUUUUCUGGACAAAUUUGGCGAAAGAUGGAGGAGAACCAUCGGCUGAAUUAUUGACAGCAAUUAAAAGGGAUUUCGGAAGUUUGGAUAAUCUUCAAAAAACUCUUUCGACUGCAACAGUUGCAGUUCAAGGAAGUGGUUGGGGAUGGCUUGGAUAUGAUCAGAAAGCAAAGGUUUUGAAGGUUGUGACUUGUGCAAAUCAAGAUCCAUUGGAGGCUACAACUGGUUUGAUUCCAUUGUUUGGUAUUGAUGUUUGGGAACAUGCUUAUUAUUUGCAAUAUAAAAAUGUCAGACCUGAUUAUGUUAAUGCUAUUUGGAAGGUUAGUUUUUUAGAUUUUGAGAAAUUAAUUGUUAAAAUUAGAAAAAAAACUUCGAUUUUUUGAGCAUAAAAAUCUCACUGUUUCAAAAUUUUCGUAUUUCUGAAAUACAUUUCAAUUGGAAGAUUUUAAUUUUUUUUCGUGAAGAAAAAUUCCUACUGUUUCAAAUGUUCAUUAUUGUGAAAAUUAAUUUGAAAGGUGUGAUUUGUAGUUUUCGGAAUGUUGAAAAAUUUACUGUUUCAAAUUUUAGAUGGAUUGUAUUUACAUAUAUUCCAAAAAUAUGAUGAAUAAUUGUUUUUAGAAAAAAAUCUCACUGUUUCAAGUUUUCUAUGAGUUUUUGUAGCAAUUCAAAGUAAUGAUUCUUUGAGGAUUUUUACUGUUUCAAAAUUUCAAUUUAUUAUUUUGUAAAUAAAAAUUGAUAAUUAUUCUCUUCUUGAAAAAUUAUUUCCGAAAAUUUUACUCCAAAAAUAAUUUUAAAGAUAUACAAAUUUUCUACUGUUUCAAAAAUUUAUUGAAAUAAAAAUUCUUCAAAUGGAAAAUUCCUAAAUUAUUCAUUUUUCUGCUGUUUCAAAAUCCAGUUAAAACAAAAAUUAAAAAAAAAAUUCCUCGAUGAUGCUAUUCUUAAAGUUUCCCCAUGAAACCCCCAAAAUUUUUACAGAUCGCCAAUUGGAAAAAUGUCAGCGAACGUUUCGCCAAAGCUCAAUAA